UCAUCAAAACCCCAUCCAAUUCGAAACCCCUCUCGCCUCGCCAUUUCAGCUUCACCUACGCCCCUCCUCCACUUCGCGGCCGGCCAACCCACCUCUUCCCUCGGCAGCCAUGGCCACCGCAGCGCGCGCCGUCGUCGCCGCCCGCCCGGCGCGGCCGCUCCUCCCGUCUCGGCGCCUCCCGUCCUAUUCCUCCGCCCGCCCCCCGCGGCAAAGCGGCGGCGGAGUCGGGUCCGUCCGCUGCAUGGCACGGCGGCCGGACUCCUCCUACUCGCCGCUGCGUUCGGGGCAGGGAGGUGACCGUGCGCCGACGGAGAUGGCGCCGCUGUUCCCCGGGUGCGACUACGAGCACUGGCUCAUCGUCAUGGACAAGCCCGGGGGCGAGGGGGCCACCAAGCAGCAGAUGAUCGAUUGCUACAUACAGACCCUUGCCCAGGUCGUAGGGAGUGAGGAGGAGGCGAAGAAGAGGAUAUACAACGUGUCCUGCGAGCGCUACUUCGGGUUCGGGUGCGAGAUUGACGAGGAGACUUCCAACAAGCUCGAAGGCCUUCCAGGUGUUCUUUUUGUGCUUCCUGACUCUUAUGUUGAUGCUGAGAACAAAGACUAUGGUGCUGAGUUAUUCGUAAAUGGGGAAAUCGUUCAGCGAUCACCAGAGAGGCAGAGAAGGGUGGAGCCAGUACCUCAGAGAGCCCAAGAUAGGCCACGGUACAGCGACCGGACCCGCUAUGUGAAGCGGAGGGAGAACCAGUCUUACCAGCGGUGAUGUUGCCCUUUUUGAAGAUAGAAGAUGUUGUCAUUUCCACAAAGUGUCUAAAUGCAAUGCUGGAGGUGCAGCAGCAACUUCCACAAGGCCACAACCCACAUGACAAUCACUAUUCACUCCCAUUGUGUUAGCUGGCCCUUGUAACGUUGCGUGCUUAUGCAUUUGGACUUGUAUCCCUAGUCUAUAUGAAGUUAUUAUGAACUCCUGAAUGUUUUUAACCUCUGUCUGUCUGCCUCCUUGUCACCCUCCCUUUUGUGUACUUGCAUUUGCAUGUUGUAGCAAGUAUUAAUAAUAAUCAGAUAUUCAGAUGACA